AUGCGGUCUCUUUCUUGUUUUAUUUUGGUCACUUUCUUGACUACAGUAUCCUCUUCGUUGCUGGACAAGCUCGGAAAAACGCAGCUCAGUGAACUUGUGAAGACCGAGUUUGAGAAGAAAGGUUUGGAUGAUAUUUUCGACAAAGAAGCCUUUGACAAGUUCGAGGAACUCUUCAAGGACAACAAGACCCACGAAUUCAUCGAUAACUUGAAGGGACUCAGCGAGAAGACAAAGAAAUCCCUGAAGCUCUCUACCGAAUUCCGUCAAAAGCUGAAGCCCGAUGACAGCAAGAACUUCAACAAGUUUUUUGGAUUCAUCGCCAAGUAAGUACACCAUUCGUAUGAGCUUACUUCUUGCAGGUUCGAAAAGGAGUACCACAAUGACACCCACGUCUCUGAGAGCUUCAAAAAAUUCCAAUCUACUCUGAAAAGAAUUGAGGAGAGACAGAAGGAGAGCCCUAAGGCCAAAUUUGGCGUCAACCAAUUCUCAGAUCUCACUCCAGAAGAAUUCAUCGCCAAACACACGGGAAUCAAGGGAGUUGAGCACCUCAAGCAACUCCAUGGCAAUAUCAACAGCUCUAAGUUGCUCCGUUCAAAGAGAGACACUACCCAGAUUCCUUCCAACUUCGAUUGGCGAGAAAACAACGGAGUUACCGCUGUGCAGAACCAAGGUGGUUGUGCAUGUUGCUAUGCAUUUAGUGCCGUUGGUGUUAUUGAAAGUCAACAUCUCAUUCAUACUGGACAAACUCUCCAUCUGAGUGAAGAACAGGUUAUUGCUUGUACUAACAACGUCUCAAAGUACCAUAACCAUGGUUGUAAUGGAGGUACUGCUCCUGGAGUUUUAGACUACGUCAUCGAGAAUGGAAUUACUCUCGCUGACAAUUUCAAAUUUACUUCCGGGGAUGGCGACCACACAGUCCCCGCUUGCCCAAGUGGAAAGCCUUAUGCCACCAAGGUCACAAAAGAAGAGUUCUUACCUUCGAACGAUGAAGACAACUUGGCCAAGGUUGUAUAUGAAGUUGGACCAAUUGCAACCUGUAAGCGUGAUGUGUAUUAUUUGCAUAUUUUUUCUAGAUAUUGAUGCCGGCGGUAUUCAAGAUUACAAGAGUGGGAUCCUCGACGUCGCCGAACCCUCAGGCGGUUGGGGCAUCAACCAUGGCGUCGUCAUCGUUGGGUAUGGAGAAGAAAAUGGUACCAAGUACUGGAUCUUCAAGAACUCGUGGGGACCCGGAUGGGGCGACCAAGGAUUCUUCAAGUUGAAGCGCGGCGUUAAUUCCCUUAACAUGGCUCAAUUUAAUUGGGCUGCAUACUUCUAG